AUGCCGCAAGAGGAUUUCUCCGCCGAGCUCUUGCAACUAUACUAUGAUCGGCUCUUUCCAUACCAACAAAUGACUCAAUGGCUAAGCUACGACAAAGGAGAGGACUUUUUAUUCCGUCGUGAGCUCUCGUAUACGCUUGAAAACGACACGUAUAUCCGCUACAAGGCCUUCCGCAAUGCUGAGGAAUUCAAGACAAGUAUGGUCAAGACUCUACCUUUCAAAAUUGAUAUUGGUGCUGUUUUCUCGAUUUCGCCUGCUGACAAGGGCAAGUUCAUGGUUGCAGCAGUAGAAGUUUUGAAUGCAGCGUUGCGAGAUGAUUUUGGCUUUGAAAACUUGCUCUGGGUUUACUCAGGACGUCGUGGUAUCCAUUGCUGGGUCGCAGAUGAGCGAGCUCGUGAGCUCGAGAACGAGGCGCGUUCUGCAGUAGUGGGGUAUCUGUCACUUAUUGAAGGCAACGAAAACUCUGCUCGUAAGGUCAAGCUACGUGAACCGCUGCAUCCGUCGCUCGACCGGGCUUACCGUCUGCUGGAGCCGAUGUUCGCGGAUAUGAUUUUAGCAGAGGAGGGUCAGGGAAUUAUGUGUUCGGAGAAGCACUGGUCCAAGCUGCUGGCAAUGGUACCUGACGAGGAUAUUCGAGCUAACAUGACACGUCGAUGGGGUUCUACAAAUUGCACUUCAAGUCCAAACGAGAAGUGGCUCGAGCUCAGAGAGGCGGUUGAGAAACAGGUGCUGAAAAAUGCCAACGCCAUGCGUGGUGGUAGUAACCUUAAGCGGUCUGCACCGAAUAGUGACGCCAACAAACGCUUUGCAGCUGCCGAGCUGCGCACUUGUCUGCAAGAGAUUGUGCUAGCAUACCUAUACCCAAGACUAGAUGCCAACGUGUCUAAACAACGAAAUCACUUGUUGAAGAGUCCCUUUGCUGUACACCCUAAGACAGGUCGUGUAUGUGUACCCAUCGAUGUAGCCUGCAUGGAAAAAUUUGACCCGUUCAGAGUGCCUACUCUGGGCCAAUUACAAGAGGAACUCGACUCGGAUAAGUCUGCCACAAGCAUGAACAAGUACGUAGGCUUCUUUGAGUCUUCGUUCUUGAAGCCAUUGGCUGCGGUAGCUAAGCGGAAAGAGCGCGACGCCCGUGAGAGCGACGCUGCAAUGACUGGCGACUGGUAG